AUGUGUGCAGAUUUGUCCUGUGUUGUGGAGCUGCGCCAGAUUGUGCGCCAGACGUGUCAGGCGCGGUUGUGUCGUGCACGUCUGGCGGCGCUGGUGUGGCACUCCGCAGUCUGCGCGCUGCUGGUGGCGGCGCAGUGGCGUGUCGGCGCAGGAAGUCCGGUGCGCGCCCCGCUCAGUCUGGACGCGCAGUGUCCGUCUCUGGCCAGGAGCCUCCUCCACAACAUCAGACAACUCCUGAUCAACGACUCGUCCACUUUUCACGAGACCAUUUGCUCCAAUGAGACUUUGGAAUUGAAGAAUAACACAGAAACGGUGUUGGUCUGCACACCCCACCUGACACAGGAUGCAGCGUGCAUGAGGCAGAGAAACACGCUCUUCAGCGAGAGUGACUGUGUGGGCAGCAUCAUGAAGGACCUGGCACACUACGCCGGCGCCCUGCAGUCCUACCUCAACGACAUGUUUCAUCGGAGCAGGAAGGACUUGUUUCAGUCAACACUGGACAAUAUCCAGAGCCUGCAGAAGCCGAGGUGGUCCCAGAACUGGACAAACCAGUCCUAUGACAACAGGCAGAAGAUGUGUAAGCUGAUGAGGGGCUUCCAUAUCCGGGCCAUCACCAUCAACAGGGCCAUGAGCUACAUCUCCUCAGGCGACCACAGACAGUAG